AUGGCGCCCCCCAUUGGGCCCCGCGCCCUGCGCUCCGAGGCCGCUGUUUCUCUGACGCUCCUGCUGGGCUGGGUUCUCGCCCAGGUUACCCGCGCCGCAGGGACUGCAGAUAUAUUGAAAACAUAUAAUUUAACUUGGAAAUCCACUAAUUUCAAGACAAUUUUGGAAUGGGAACCCAAACCCAUCAAUUAUGUCUACACUGUUCAGAUAAGCACUAGACUAGGAGAUUGGAAAAACAAAUGCUUCCAUACAACAGACACUGAGUGUGACCUCACCGAUGAGAUCGUGAAGGACGUGAAUCAGACGUACACAGCACGAGUUCUUUCCUACCCAGCAAGGAAUGGACAUAUCAUCGCUGAUUCUGAUGUAGAGCCUUCUCGUACAAACUCCCCAGAGUUCACCCCUUACUUAGAGACAAAUCUUGGACAGCCAGCAAUUCAGAAUUUUGAACAAGUUGGGACAAAACUGAAUGUGACAGUACAAGAUUCACCUACUUUAGUCAGAAGGAAUGGCACAUUCCUGAGCCUCCGGGAUGUUUUUGGCAAGGACUUAAUUUAUACUCUUUACUACUGGAAAGCUUCAAGUACAGGAAAGAAAACAGCCAAGACAAACACAAAUGAGUUUUUGAUUGAUGUGGAUAAAGGAGAAAACUACUGUUUCAGUGUUCAGGCUGUGAUUCCAUCCCGAAAAGCAAACCAGAAGAGUCUAGAAAGCCCCGUUGAGUGCACCAACCAAGGAAAAGGCAUUUUCAAAGAAUUUUCUGUCAUCGUUGGAGUAGUGGCAUUUGUGGUCAUCACCUUCAUCGUCGUCCUGGUGAUAUCUCUGUACAAAUGUAGGAAGGCAAGAGCGCGUCGAAGUGGGAAGGAGAACUCCCCACUUAAUGUUGCAUAA